GCUGAGCACACAGCUCGUCUGUCCCAGCCACUCCCUGUGGACCCAGGAUGCCUGUGAUGGAUGACAAAUGAACAUCAGUCCCAAGCACCUGAGGAGACAUGUACAGGAUGCCACAUUUCCCAAAGCACAAAUCCACACACCAGCCCUGAAACAGGAUGUUCACACUGUUUCCAGGUGCAAAAGGCAGCCCAAGAUGCAAAUGAUACUCAAUGUCAGGGUUCCAACAGGCGACUGCUGCUCACUCCACACAAAGGCCCAAACUGACAUGACUCAGAACCCCCUCCUCACCCAGGUGUCUGCUCUUCCCAGUGCAUGGCCUGGGCGCUCUCAGCCCCAGGAUUCCCCAGCACCAGGGACCAUCCACUGACAGACUAGCAAACAAGACAGACCUGACCUUCUGUCUCCUGCUGAUCCCGAGGCCCACCCUGGCCCAGCCUCCUCUCACUUGGUCGAAGGCACUGGCCCCGACCUUCGUCGCAAAGCCAAUUCUACUCUGUCUCUCUCUCUGCCACUGACCAUCUUAAAACACAACUGGGACAGCCUUUCUCCUGUCUUGCACCUGCAGCGGCGGCCUGCCACUUAGAGAAAAAGCCCCGACUCCUUCACUUCCCUCCUACUUCCCAGCCACUCUCAGGAAAAGCCCUCUCUUCUCCCAGGCUCUCUGCUGCCCAGGUGCCUUCCUGCCGCCUCUACCCAAGGGAGGCCCUGCCCCAACCCCUCAGACAUGCAGGCACCUGCCCUGGACCCUGGGCACCCAGUUGGUGUGUACUGCAGCCCUGACCCACCCAUACACAGGCCCUUGCUCGCUGGAGCAGCAGCGACUCAUCUGCCCGGCUCUCUACCCUGAGGGGCCUGCCGCCUCCGCUCCCAAACACAGAGCUGCUUUCGUCUACCAGGCUUGGCACCACUGCCAGCCUGACUGGUCCAGGGCAGUCCCUCCCAGGUACCACUGUUCCCAGAACCAAGCCAGGUCCAGCUGCAUUUUCUUGAGGCCCAAUAACGAGAAGCAGACAAACUAGGAAAGAAGGGAAUUUAUUACCGUAACUGGAUACAGGGAGAAGGCUGGAGAUAAUUCCACCAGACCAACUCAAAGUGUUGCAAUUUUCUUAGUGUUUAUAUAGGUUGGGGUUAUAUGCCUACGUGCUAACAAUCACCUAAGUCUACUGGUAACUGAUUUUGUUUCAAGUAGGUCAGAGGCAAAAAAAAAUGUUUGCUAAGUCUGAUUAAAAGGGGCCCAGUGCCUUCAAGGCCUGUCUACUGUGGUACGGUGUGAUUAUUUUGAUUUUAUCUCCUUUACAGCUUGGUCCAGAGAGCUGCCUUAGACUAUUCAAUGAAUCUAUUCAAACAGCUGCCUGUUACCUUGACUUGUCUUCAGAUUUUGUCGACCCGAGAUGGGUCCUGGCACUAGGAAUGUAAAACCGUUCCUAUUAUUUUGGCUGGCUCCAGCAAGAGAGAAGCCCACGCAAGGCUCCUACUGACCAUACGUUUCAUUUCUACCUUCAGCGUCUGGGCGCUAAUUUCCCUAGAUUUAACUAUGUGCUCAGUGUUAAGGCAGUGCUGUGGAAAUCUGUCUGUGUAACUGGGGUGCUAUGCAGGCCUGUCUGGGUGACUCUCAGGGAGAACUGUCCUGCCACACCAAGGACACAGUCCAAGGGGGGCUUUUCUUCACAGCGCAAAGAAGCUGCAGGAAACCCACCCUAGUGAGACAAAGACCAAUGCAGGGUCGGUCCCCACAGCCAGGUGAUGGAAACAGGCUGGACGUGGGCCGCCUCCCCUCCCACCUGACUUGUGUGACAGGGAAACCAAUGCAAGCAGCAGCAGCAGGGUUACCACAGUCCUAUCUGGGGACAGGCUUCCUUCCAGCGGGUGGCGAGCAGGCGCUCCUGCCAGACCAGCCUGGCUUCCAUGGUUCCAGGAACCCUGUUCCCCCUCAGCCCAGUCCCCGCCCCCACUCCUUGGCUUUAUGAGUUCAUUCGCUGAAGUCACCCAGAGACAAUGCUGAGUGUUCCACCCCUGAGUUGAAGCCCAGCCCAGCCGAGCCAGACACCUCCCGGUAGUGUAAAUGAGGACAAUGCCUGCUGGCCCACGUGACGGGGGGAUGUAGACGGCAGCGGCGCCAGUCGCUCCUGGCACCAUGGACGAUGCCACGGUCCUAAGGAAGAAGGGUUACAUCGUAGGCAUCAAUCUUGGCAAGGGUUCCUACGCAAAAGUCAAAUCUGCCUACUCUGAGCGCCUCAAGUUCAAUGUGGCUGUCAAGAUCAUCGACCGCAAGAAAACACCCACUGACUUUGUGGAGAGAUUCCUUCCUCGGGAGAUGGACAUCCUGGCAACUGUCAACCACGGCUCCAUCAUCAAGACCUACGAGAUCUUCGAGACCUCCGAUGGGCGCAUCUACAUCAUCAUGGAGCUCGGCGUCCAGGGCGACCUCCUCGAGUUCAUCAAGUGCCGGGGAGCCCUGCACGAGGACGUGGCGCGCAAGAUGUUCCGACAGCUCUCCUUGGCCGUCAAGUACUGCCACGACCUGGACGUCGUCCACCGGGACCUCAAGUGCGAGAACCUUCUCCUCGACAAGGACUUCAACAUCAAGCUGUCUGACUUCGGCUUCUCCAAGCGCUGCCUGCGGGACAGCAAUGGGCGCAUCAUCCUCAGCAAGACCUUCUGUGGGUCGGCGGCAUAUGCAGCCCCCGAGGUGCUGCAGGGCAUCCCCUACCAGCCCAAGGUGUACGACAUCUGGAGCCUGGGUGUGAUCCUCUACAUCAUGGUCUGCGGCUCCAUGCCCUACGACGACUCCGACAUCAGGAAGAUGCUGCGUAUCCAGAAGGAGCACCGUGUGGACUUCCCACGCUCCAAGAACCUGACCUGCGAGUGCAAGGACCUCAUCUACCGCAUGCUGCAGCCUGACGUCAGCCAGCGGCUCCACAUCGAUGAGAUCCUCAGCCACUCGUGGCUGCAGCCCCCCAAGCCCAAAGCCAUGUCUUCUGCCUCCUUCAAGAGGGAGGGGGAGGGCAAGUACCGCGCCGAGUGCAAACCGGACACCAAGCCAGGCUUGAGGCCCAACCACCGGCCCGACCACCGGCCUGACCACAAGCUUGGAGCCAAAACCCAGCACCAGCUGCUGGUGGCGCCCGAGAACGAGGACAAGAUGGAGGACAGGCUGGGCGAGACCUCCAGGGCCAAAGACCAUCACAUCUCCGGAGCUGAGGUGGGGAAAGCAAGCACCUAGCAUGACGAUGGCCCCGUCGUGUGUGGUGGGGGUCGUGGUGGGGGGGCAUGGCGCAGUCGGCCUUCACAUUAACUAAGUAGGCAGGUAGGAUCUGAAGAAGGCACAGGUGCAAGUAAAAUUCGUCAAUGAAACCACUAUUUUGAUUAC